AAAGGGCCUCCAGCAUUGCUACAAACGCAGUAAUAGACUGCUUAAUAUAUAGACUAUUGCUACAAUGGCUCAAGUGGUCUUCACAGUUGCGAUGCUGCUCCUGCCACUUAUCGUGGUUGCGAAAGCACAGGAUAAGUAUCCGGAUAUUUUCAGCGGACUCAACAUCAAAACGCUGCUGCCUGAUGAAGAACGGAUGCAUGUCACAUUCCGGUGUCUGUUGCAAGGAGAGGAGACACUUUGCACUGCUGCUACCGAGGCGUUAAGGGACAUAUUACCAGAAAUUGUGACGUCGGACUGCGCUAAGUGUACGGAAACACAGAAUGAAAUAGUGAGCGAUUUCUUCGCCACCGUAUUGCAGCUCUAUCCAGAUGAGACUGAAUACUUCUUGCAGAAAUAUGACACAGACAGAAAAUACCGCAGCAAGUACCGAUGGGCUUGGAGUGUGAGACGUAUCCUCUCAACAGACGUAGAAGGAGAAUUUUAUAAGUAACAAUCCAAUGUUUGUUAUACAAAAUCUAGUAAACUUUAAAUUAGCCACUGGUAAAUGAU